AUGGUGACGCUGCUGCUCUUGGAGCAGGCUGAGGCUGUGAAGUCUGUCCCUUGUGGUUCUUGCUCCUUCCAGAUCUCAGACACCGGGGUUCUCUCUCGGGUGCGAAGCUGUGCCAACGACUGUACCUCCUUGUUUCUGAGCUCCAAGGGCAUCAAAACCAUCCAGGCCAGAACGUUUGAUGGGCUUUCAGACUUGAGCACGUUAUACCUCUCGGGCAACAAACUCUCAAACCUUGCGACAGACACCUUCUACGGAGCUUGGAACCUGAGAACGCUCUCGUUGGACAGCAAUGAGCUUGUUACGCUUCCCGCAAGGUCGUUCGAUGGCUUCACGCAACUGAAGGUCUCGGGGUUGUAUGAGCUGCACCUCGACUACAAUCAGAUCGUAAGUCUUGGAGCUGGUGCCUUCGAUGGGCUGCGAAACUUGAGGUCCUUGCAUCUGAACAACAACAAGAUCAUCAAGAUCGCCGUCGGAGCCUUUGCUGGGCUCUCAAGACUCUCCAAUCUUCAUCUUGACAACAACCGUCUCAGCGACCUCGAGGCAGGAGUGUUCAGCAAGCUCUCGAGCAUGCAGGAUCUGCACCUCUACAACAACUCCUUGACAAGAGUGGGGCCGGGGAUGUUCGACGGGCUGGAGGGCCUGCAGAAGUUG